AUGUCCUUCCCCGCCAACCCCGCCGCGGCUAGUCCUUUCUUAUCGGACGCUUUCGGCACGUACGCGUCGUCAGCUCCUGACAUGCUUGGCGGCUAUGCGAUGCAAACGUGUGGAAUCGCGCCAUCUUUGGCCAGGAGAGCAGAGCCGGGCCACCCCGGCGUCCCCUCGUAUUUCGCCCAGCAGUGGGGGCAAUCGGGUCGGGCGUGCAGAGCAGAGGCUCCGAUCAGUCCUGACUGUACAUACGCACAGAGCAUCAAGGAGGAGGGUAGCUGCUGCAUGUUCUCAGAUAAAAGAGUGCAAAAAGACGUUCACGCGUACUCGCCCCUCGUGGCCGAACCGAACCGAGCCGACGCCCCCGAAGUCCCGGUCCCGGGCUACUUCCGUUUGGGCCAGACGUACACCGACGGAGGGCGGCAGCACGAGGCGGAGCACUACCGCCACCAGCCCAGCCCGACGCUGAUGCAGCUGGAUCGGAUCGGGCCACAACCGCAGCCCGCAACAAAGGACGCCCCGCCGCGCAGCCCCGUGGCUGCGGGAAGCCCGAAUCCCUGCUUGUCCAGCAUGGACGAGGAAGAAGGAGAACAGAAUGAAGAGGAACAGGAAAAGAAGAAGAGACCGUCCUGCAGUCCCGAGCUGUUGCAUGAGCCGCGGGAUGAGAAAGAGCUCAAACCCAACCCCCAAAGCGGCAGCUGGUUGACGGCCAAGAGCGGCCGGAAGAAGCGCUGUCCCUACACCAAGCACCAGACUUUGGAGUUAGAGAAAGAGUUCCUGUUCAACAUGUACCUGAGCCGAGAGCGCCGCCUGGAGAUCAGCAGGAGCGUCAACCUGAGCGACAGGCAGGUCAAGAUCUGGUUCCAGAACCGCAGGAUGAAGCUCAAGAAGAUGAACCGGGAAUGUAGAGUGCGGGAAUUGAACUGCAACCUGACCUUUUCUUGA